AUGUCAGCCACGUGCGCCGUGUCCCGUAAAGCGCAGCCGCCGCCGCUGCCGCCGCGUCCCCCGGGCGAGAGGGAUCCGCCGGCCAAGGCGAUGCGCAGGGGGCUGCGGCGGGGCCACGAGGAGGAGCGGGAGCAGCUGUCGUGGCCGGGAGAGUGCGGGGGCGGCGAGCCCGAGGUGGAGCAGGCGGCCUCGCUGAGCGGCGAGCGGCGGAGGCGGCAGCCGCAGGAGCCGAGGGCGCUGGCGGCGGCGGCGGCGGGCACGGCAGCCAGGGUGGAGGAGGAGGCGGAGGAGGAGCGGCUGGAGCGGGAGCAUUUCCGGAGGAUCAUCAACGCCUUCCGAUACUACGGAACGAAUAUGCAUGAACGAGUGAACAGAACAGAGAGGCAGUUUAAAUCUCUCCCAGCUAACCAACAGAGUCUUCUUCCUCAAUUCCUUCCUCACCUUGACAAGAUUCGGAAAUGCAUUGAUCAUAAUCAAGAGAUACUACAGACCAUUGUGAAUGACUGCGUUCAUAUGUUUGAAAAUAAAGAAUAUGGAGAAGACGGAAAAGGGAAGAUUACACCAGCUUCAACAUUUGACAUGGAUAAAUUAAAAUCCACUUUGAAACAAUUUGUGAGAGACUGGAGCGAAGAGGGAAAGCCUGAGAGAGAUUCCUGCUACCAGCCAAUCAUUAGUGAAAUUGUAAAGAAUUUUCCAAAAGAAAGAUGGGAUUUCUCCAAAGUUAAUAUCCUGGUACCUGGUGCUGGGCUAGGUAGAUUGGCGUGGGAAAUAGCUAUGCUCGGUUAUGCUUGCCAAGGAAAUGAAUGGAGCCUCUUUAUGCUCUUUUCUUCUAACUUUGUACUCAACAGAUGCUCUGAGAUUAACUCAUGUAAGCUUUAUCCCUGGAUUCAUCAGUUUAGCAAUAACAGAAGAUCUGCUGAUCAGAUACGUCCAAUUUAUUUUCCUGAUGUUGAUCCUCACAGUCUUCCUUCUGGUUCAAACUUCUCUAUGACAGCAGGGGAUUUUCAAGAAAUUUAUUCCGAGUGCAAUACAUGGGACUGUAUAGCAACUUGCUUUUUCAUAGAUACAGCACAUAACGUUAUUGAUUACAUUGAUACUAUAUGGAAAAUACUAAAGCCUGGAGGAAUAUGGAUAAAUGUAGGUCCUCUCCUUUACCACUUUGAAAACUUGGGAAAUGAACUUUCUAUUGAAUUAAGCUACGAGGAUAUAAAAAAUGUUAUACUGCAAUAUGGAUUCCAUAUAGAGGUGGAGAAAGAAUCUGUACUGUCAACUUACACUGUGAAUGAACUCUCCAUGAUGAAGUACUACUAUGAAUGCGUGUUGUUUGUGGUGAGAAAACCAGAAUAGAAGUGAUCUGAAUAGAUUAAUCAGAAAAAAACAUUGGCUUGAAAGCUAGAAAUGAGAAUAAAAUGGACUGGAUGAUGUCUGGACACAACCUCAAAUCAGUGGUGCCUUCUUAUUCCUAAUAGGAUUUAGAUAGUGUCUAUUUUCUUAAUAUCUCUAUUGCUAUCCAGACAUGUACUAUGCCAUGCAUAUUUGUAAUAUACUUGUGAAAAUGGAGGAGGAAAUCUUCACAUACACUGUCUUUGUGCUUUGGAAUGCAUUAAAAAUAAAAGCAAAACGUUCUCUUGAGAAUAAAAUUUAAUGUUUGCCAUAACUAGGCUAAUUCUCAGCAUAUGCUGCCUCAUUUUUCAUAGAUUUAUAAUGAUUUUCUUUUUUCUACUUUCUGCAUAGAGGUGCUUACUGUACUAGCUGUGUCACAUGUAGAGAAGUAUUUCUAAACAUAUACUUGAAUUAUGAAGUCAGAAAUGAUCGGAAAGAGAUAAAAUUAUUCUUGAUAGAUAAAAUAGCCAUCCGAACUGUUAGAGCAUUGUCUGUGGAACUGAAACCAAGUAGGUUGUUAUACAAAUUCUAAUCUUUGACUGUACUGCUGCUAGGAAUUUAAUCAAAACACAGAACAUAUAGGCAAUUUGAAAUACUAUGUGAAAGCAGAGUACUGAGUGAAGAAAAAGCAGCAUAUCACAGAGAAGCAGUAUGUUAACUUCAGGAAUAACACCAAUUUUGAUUAAUCUCUUAGUGUUGAAACUGAAAUAUAUUAGAUGCUUUGCAGUCUUAAAAUACAUUGAUUUUUGAGUCACCUCUUACUGUUUAAGCCAAAACAGCAAAGCAGUAUUUUUUGUUAAUUAACAGAAAGUCAUGUUAUACCUUGAGCUUUUUUCUUUUUUUAAGGUUGGUAACAUAGCUGAGUUAUCCAUGCCAUGUAUAGGCAGUGCAACAGAAAAAUCCCUGUUUCUCAAGGGGGGGAAAAAAAGUUACAUCUAAAUAAUAUGUACUGUAACCUAAUCAUCUCUACCUGAGUCAGCAUAUGCAGGCCCAUUGGGUAGACAAUUUCCUUGUAACUUCAGGCACUUUACCCUUGUGACUUAGUGACUUCUUGGUUCCUUAUCCUAAUGUUUUUUUUCCUGGCAGAUGUGGCUUAGAUGAAUAUUUAGUCUACAAAUUGUGAUCUUACAGAGGAGGCUGAAUCUUCUGUCACUUAGAAGUUAUAUACAUGAGAACAUUAAUUAAUAAUCACUGUGCUGAGAGGAGGUGUCAUGUUAGCCAUGUCAUUUUCUUAAUAUAUUGGUUACCUUAAGUAUCACUUUCAUCCAUUUUCAAAAAAUUUUUAAAAUAUAAAAACAUUAUGAUAAGGAAUCAAGGUUUUUUUCUUAUUUGGUCAUAAUGGCACUGGACAAUAGCUUGUUUCCUAUUAUUUCUAGUCCUUUUUUUCAUUAUUAUGUCCUGAUUGCAUCUCUUUAAUAGAUCUGUUACUGGCUUUUGGAUGUUUCCCAUUAAGGCCAGAAAUUUGUGCCUUUGCUCCUAAAUUGAAAGCCUGCAAGGAGGGAAAACACAGCCUUUUGGUUUUUUACAGUUUCAACACUGUGUAAGAGAGCACACAGCUGGGUAUGUUUCAGUACUGUGCCCCUUUCUGCUCAGAAUCCUUUUUGAGAAUUAAAGCUUCUGGUCUACAGAAGUUUUCAAUUAGAGCUUUGCUUAAACUUCCUAAAAGUGCACCACCAGGAUUUAGCUCCGUAAAUGAACUGUCAAAGUUCUACCCCGCUCCAAGAAAAAUGUGUUUAAAGCUGAAACACUGCCAUUGCAACAAGUAGAUUAAAAAUAAAAGCCCUUCCACACCUAAAAAUAAAAAAGUUGCUUUAAUUUCCUUACUGUACUAUUUACUAUUUUUUUGAGGGACUGUGUGAUUCUUUGCUUUCAUUCUGAUUUUUUUUUUUUCCUGAGAUAGAAUAUGAUUAGUAUUUUACUUGAUUUUUCAAGCUCCUUGACCUAAGACAAGGUUAGGUCAAUGUCUGUUGUGCUGUUGCUGAGUAGUGUGUAUAUAUAUAUCUGUAAUAUUGCCCAAUUUCUGCCUCCUACCCAGUCUGUAGUUUUCAAAAAUAGGCAAUUGAACUCUUGCUUUCUGGUUGAAUGUCAGUAUCCUUUGUUCUGGUGGUUUUGUUCUUUGCCACCCCACAUUGUCACAAGUGCCAUUUUUUUUUGUGGUUUUGGAAAAUGGUUUUAUUUACUCAUGUCAGGUAUAUAAUGAUGCGCUUCUAUUUCUAAUCUAGAAAAUGCCUGUUUUGCCCAAUGUUCUCCUUUUAAAUUAUAACAGUUGCAUUAGGAGUUGGAAGCAGAAUAAUCUUGUGAAUAAGCUGUAGGAGUGGGUCAUGUUUUACCUGCAGUCCUAUUUAUGAGUUCUUAAAAUUCAUCACUUGUAGUUUUAUGCACAGGGAUAAUUGUGUAUUAUUGAAUGUGAUUGCAUUCUUCUAUUCAGUUGCAUACAUGGGGGGAAAAUGCUUAAGGUGUUUAUCAGCUGAAGCCAAGACUGUUUAAUUUAGGUCACUAUUAAACUGUACGUGGUAUCGCGCGUGAAAUAAAAUGCUGCAUAAUCUUCAGUGUAAUACUUCUUUAUAUGGAGUUUGGCAAA